CCACCCCUCUAUAUAAACACUUUGCAUUAAAACAUAAUAAAUCAGCAAGCCUCAAACAUUUCAAUUCAUACAUAAACAGUUUGCUUCUAGUUUCACAACAAUUAUAUUAUCUUUUAUUAUUAUUUCUUUCUCAUAAAAGUUAUAACAACCAUACCAUAAUGGAGAACGGUAACCACGUGAAUGAGUUUUGCAUAAAGGAUCCGUUGAACUGGGGAGUGGCGGCUGAGGCGUUGACCGGGAGUCACCUGGAUGAGGUCAAAAAGAUGGUGGCGGAAUUCAGGAAGCCGGUGGUGAAGCUUGGUGGGGAGACGCUGACGGUGUCGCAGGUGGCUGGGAUCGCGGCAGCUAAUGACGGUGCAGCCGUGAAGGUGGAGCUGUCUGAGGCGGCGAGGGCGGGAGUGAAGGCGAGUAGUGAUUGGGUGAUGGAGAGUAUGAAUAAAGGGACUGAUAGUUAUGGUGUUACCACCGGGUUUGGUGCUACUUCUCAUCGGAGAACUAAGCAAGGUGGUGCUCUUCAGAAGGAGCUCAUCAGAUUUUUGAACGCCGGAAUAUUCGGCAACGGGACGGAAUCAAGCCACACCCUCCCACACUCCGCCACAAGAGCCGCCAUGCUCGUCAGAAUCAACACCCUCCUCCAGGGUUACUCCGGCAUCCGCUUCGAAAUCUUGGAAGCCAUCACUAAACUCCUCAACAACAACGUCACCCCUUGCCUUCCCCUCCGUGGUACCAUCACUGCCUCCGGUGACCUUGUUCCCUUGUCCUACAUCGCCGGUCUCCUCACCGGCCGCCCCAACUCCAAAGCCGUGGGUCCCACCGGUCAAAUCCUCAAUGCCGAAGAGGCAUUCACUCAAGCCGGUGUCGAAGGCGGGUUCUUCGAAUUACAGCCUAAAGAAGGGUUGGCACUAGUUAACGGUACCGCAGUUGGAUCCGGGAUGGCGUCGAUGGUCCUUUUCGAAGCUAACGUUCUUGCAUUGUUGUCGGAAGUGUUAUCGGCUAUUUUCGCCGAAGUUAUGCAAGGGAAACCCGAGUUUACGGACCACUUGACCCACAAACUGAAGCAUCACCCGGGUCAAAUCGAGGCCGCAGCCAUCAUGGAGUACAUUUUGGAUGGAAGUGAUUACGUUAAAGCCGCGCAAAAGGUACACGAAAUGGACCCGUUACAAAAACCCAAACAAGACCGUUACGCUCUCCGCACAUCACCCCAAUGGCUCGGCCCACAAAUCGAAGUCAUUCGCUCCGCCACCAAAAUGAUCGAAAGAGAAAUCAACUCCGUUAACGACAACCCAUUAAUCGACGUCUCGAGAAACAAAGCGUUACACGGUGGCAACUUCCAAGGAACCCCAAUUGGCGUGUCAAUGGACAACACACGUUUGGCUAUCGCGGCUAUAGGAAAACUCAUGUUCGCCCAAUUCUCCGAGCUUGUAAACGACUUCUACAACAACGGGUUACCUUCGAACCUUUCGGGCGGGCGUAACCCAAGUUUGGACUACGGGUUCAAAGGAGGAGAGAUCGCGAUGGCUUCGUAUUGUUCCGAGCUCCAGUUUCUAGCCAACCCGGUUACAAACCAUGUCCAAAGCGCGGAACAACACAACCAAGAUGUUAACUCUUUGGGAUUAAUAUCCGCACGAAAAACCGCCGAAGCACUCGAGAUCUUAAAACUCAUGUCAUCAACAUACUUAGUAGCUCUAUGCCAAUCAAUUGACUUAAGGCAUUUGGAAGAGAACAUGAAGUCAACAGUAAAGAACACCGUAAGCCAAGUAGCGAAAAAGGUCCUAACCAUGGGCGUCAGCGGGGAGCUCCACCCGUCAAGAUUCUGCGAAAAAGACUUGCUUCGUGUGGUCGAUCGUGAGUACGUUUUCGCCUACAUUGACGACCCAUGCCUCGCCACAUACCCGUUGAUGCAAAAGCUAAGACAAGUCCUCGUCGACCACGCGUUAAACAACGGCGAAACCGAGAAGAACAUAAACACGUCGAUCUUCCAAAAGAUAGCUGCAUUUGAAGAGGAAUUGAAGGCCAUUUUGCCUAAAGAAGUUGAAAAUGUGAGGACCGCAUUCGACAACGGUACAUUGGCUAUCCAGAACAGGAUUAAGGCUUGCAGAUCGUACCCGUUGUACCGGUUUGUAAGGGAGGAGCUUGCCGGAGUGUAUUUGACUGGUGAGAAGGUGACGUCACCGGGUGAGGAGUUUGACAAGGUGUUUACCGCCAUGUCAAAGGGUCAAAUUAUUGACCCGUUGUUGGAAUGUCUUGCAGGGUGGAAUGGGGCCCCACUUCCAAUAUGUUAGGUGGUUUUUUCAAUAUUUGUGAUUUGUUUUGUUGCAUUUAAAUAUUUGAUACUUACUAAAUUUGUUAUCAUAUGUUUAUGUGUAACGUCAUCUUACAGUAAAAGGUUAUUUAUGAAAUCACGGGCUGGGCCGUACUCAAUUAUUAUCAAUAAAGAAAUAAGCGAUGAAUUUA